GUGUCACGUUAACUAGAAGUACUUACGUCGUGUUGUGAACAUGGCCCCAAUUUUCGAACAUAGUAAAUAUUUAAAAAAUUAUCACUACUGCUGUACUGGUUUCAGGUUUUUGAUAUUACUAUUAAACAUUAAACAGGUAUUACGGUACUGAUAAGAAGAUUCACAAAUGAAGAUGUCUCAGUAUUCUUAUGAACAAGAACUAGAUUUUAAUGAAGCAAGAGCGGAUUUGGAUAGUGUACUUCAAAACAUUGUAGCAAAGGCUAAUGCUGGAGAUUCGUCUCCUGCCAGUGAUAAAAUUAAUGACAUUGAAAACAUGUUGCUACAAUCAGAUAAAAAUAAAACAAUAUCUGAUAGCGAAAGUCCUCAAAAAUCUAGUUCCAGGUCCACACGUAAACGUCGAAGAAAAGAUGACAAUAAAGAAGAAAAACAGAAAGCAAACUCUUGUGUUAUGAAAUUAUUUGAUCGAAGCGUUGAUCUGGCCCAAUUUUCAGAAGAUACUCCGUUAUAUCCAAUCUGUAGAGCUUGGAUGAGUAAUGAUCCAUACACAAGAAAGGUACAUGGUAUUCCAUCUGAUGAUCUUGAUGAGGCUUCCGUCAAUGAUGGAAACUCUGAAGAGCCGAUUACAAUUCCACCCCCUAAUACACCAUUUAAGAAUUUUAGUCCUAAUGGAAAAUAUGUGAGUGCACGUAUCCCAUCACCCAUUCCUCAACCAAGCGAUCGACUGGAAGAUUAUUUGCAGCAAAAGAAGGUUAUACCUAGAGCAGAAACAUUGCUAUUAAAUCAUUUACAACAUUGGAAAAAUGUUCGGGAGAAAUGGAUUGCAAAAUCUGCAGAAAAUGAAGAGCGUUAUUCGUCUGGAAUGGCACUAUUAAAAGAUAUGGCAAACAGGCAACUUUGUGCUAGUAAUCUUACAUAAAGGAGUCACUAUAUCAUAAAAUGUCACUGUGAUUAAACUGUUACUGAGGGGCUCCCGAAGUAUGCGAACCAAGAUGGCGGACAUCGGAAUGUAAUAUGUGUACUAGGUUAGGGUUAGGCCAUAAUUUUAGCUAUAAAUACUACGGGAGGCUCUUUGCUAGUCUUCGAACUGAUAAUAGGACUAAAAUAAGGAAAAUUGGAAAAAAAUUAUCGCCUAACCCUAACCUGUUACCCAACUUUGCUAUCAAUGAGAGAGACAAUAGUACGGUAAUCAUCAAAUUUAGUGACAUUUGUUUAAGACCGACUAAUUGUGAUUGACAUUUAUACGAAUAUUGGAUUUCCCAUUUGUUACAAUAUUUGUCUAAUUAAUCCUCUCUAAUGAAGUGGGGGGACUAUGGCAGCCACGAAAUAUUCUAAAUUUUAUGUAUGUUUUCCAUAUGUUUGUGUAUUAUCUUUCUGUUGGGAGGAAAAGUUUGUCGCCUCAAGAAAAUUUGCCUUUUCUAUUUCUACCUUACUUUACAUAAAUUGUGAUUUUCUAUUUCAGAA